CACUGGUAUUAUAUUAAAAGCAGAUGCCAAAGAGGAAGAAGAUGCUUCUGGGUCACAGUCAAAGGGGCUUCCGAAGACAGACCUCUAUCAUCUUCAGAAGUCCUUAUUGGAAAUGAAGGAGUUAAGAAGAACAAGUAAGAAGCAAACCAAGUUUGAAGUACUCAGAGAAAAAGUUGUAAACUUCAUUGACUGUCUAGUGAGAGAAUACCUUCUGCGUCCUGAGACACAGCCUCUGCAUGAGGUGGCGUACUUCAGUGCUGCCCACGCCCUUCGUGAGCACUUAAAUGCUGCUCCACGAAUCGCUCUCCACACUGCACUUAACAAUCCUUAUUAUUACCUAAAGAAUGAAGCACUGAAAAGUGAAGAAGGCUGCAUUCCAAAUAUUGCUCCAGACAUCUGCAUAGCAUAUAAACUGCACCUAGAGUGUAGCAGACUAAUCAACCUUGUGGACUGGUCAGAGGCUUUUGCAACAGUUGUGACAGCUGCUGAAAAAAUGGAUGCAAAUUCUACAACUUCAGAAGAAAUGAAUGAAAUUAUCCAUGCUCGGUUUAUUAGAGCUGUUUCUGAACUAGAACUUUUAGGAUUUAUAAAACCUACCAAACAGAAGACUGACCAUGUGGCAAGACUCACUUGGGGAGGCUGCUAGAAAGCAAAUGAGUGAAACCAGAGGUAUCACAUUUAGCUUAAGGUAAAAAGCAGGCCAGUCAUUCAUUAUUUACAUACCAUUAGAGGAGAGACUGUUCUGCUGAGAAGAGAAAUGUAUGAAUUCCCAUGUGAUGUUUAACCAGAAAGUACACUGCUAACCCCAAACGAGUGUUUGGGAGUACCUAUGGAGUACUUCAAAAUCCAACAGAUAACAUGCUUACAUUAUAAUAAACUUCUUUUCACACAUCAUUGCCAUGCUUUUCACAAAAUCUUAAAUUAUGAGUAAAUCAUUCUUGAACCUAUACAAGGGUACUUCAAAAGCUUCAUGGAAAAAUGGAAUUAAAAGAUAAUACUAAUUGCUCUGUGAACUUUUUGAGACCCCUCAUAUAGUGUACAAAUGUAAUAAAUUCCUUUAUCCAGGAGUAUAAAUUA